CAUUCAAUACAGUAAUAUUUUAUAAUUUAGAUUAAACAUAUAAUAAUAUAUAAUACUACAGAGCGGUAUAUAGAAGAGAGUCAAUAUGAUACACAGUCUUUUCAUGAUAAAUUCAAGGGGCGAUAUUUUCAUGGAGAAGCAUUGGAAAACUGCCAUAAAACGUGCAGUUUGUGAUUAUUUCUUCAAAGCUCAAGAAAAAGCAUCUAGUCCAAAUGACAUUCCUCCCAUCAUAUCUACUCCUCACCAUUAUCUAAUUAGCAUAUUCCGGGAUAGACUCUACUUUGUUGCUGUCAUUAAUAAAGAAACCCCUCCGUUGUUUGUUAUUGAAUUUCUGCAUCGAAUCGUUGACACAUUUAUUGAUUAUUUUGAUGAAUGUUCAGAAAGAUCAAUAAAAGAGAAUUAUGUUAUUGUGUAUGAAUUAUUGGAAGAGAUGUUGGAUAAUGGUUAUCCUCUUGCAACUGAAAGUAAUGUUCUGAAGGAAUUGAUAAAACCUCCCAAUAUUCUAAGAUCAGUGGUAAACACUGUUACUGGCCAAAGCAAUGUUGCUGAUACACUGCCUACAGGACAACUCUCGAAUGUACCUUGGAGACGAACUGGGGUGAAAUACACAAGCAAUGAAGCUUAUUUUGAUGUCACAGAAGAGGUAGAUGCCAUAAUUGAUCGAUCUGGUUCAACAGUUUUUGCUGAAAUUCAGGGUACAGUUGAAGCAACAGUGAAAUUAUCUGGCAUGCCUGACCUCACACUUUCAUUUGUCAACCCAAGAUUACUAGAUGAUGUCAGUUUUCAUCCGUGUGUUCGACUGAAACGUUGGGAAACAGAAAGAGUAUUUUCCUUCAUUCCUCCUGACGGUUCCUUCCAAUUAUGCUCUUACCAAGUCAGUAGUUCCAGCAUGGUUGCGAUUCCUAUUUACGUUCGACACAAUAUUCAAUAUGCUGGUUCAGGUGGAAAAUUCGAACUUGUAGUUGGACCUAGACAAGCAAUGGGAAAAACAUUGGAAGAUGUUAUAAUUAAAGCUCCCAUGCCUAAGCAAGUUCUCAAUUUAGGUCUGUCACCAAGCCAAGGUCACUAUAUGUUUGACCAGGUUGAUAAAGUUAUGACUUGGUUUGUAGGGCCAAUAAAUGCUGCAAAACCUCCUUCCAUCCGAGGAACGAUUAGUGUGCAAUCUGGAGUUGCUGCACCAGAAGAAAAACCUACUCUUUCUGUUAGUUUUAAAAUCCAGCAAUUGUGUAUUUCUGGGCUUCGAGUUAACAGAUUGGACAUGUACGGCGAGAGGUAUAAACCAUUCAAAGGAGUAAAAUAUAUUACAAAAGCUGGGCGAUUUCAACUUCGAACCUAGUCUAUUGCUCUUUCUUCAUUUAUAUUUCAUCGUGCUAUAUGUAGUAUAAAAGUAUGAUAUAGAUAUAUGUCAGAUAUAUUCCCACCAUAAUUAUUUUGUAUCAAUCAUUUGAAUGGUGCCUGUCGAACAAACAGACAUGAUUUUUUUGUGCUGGAUUCCAGUAUGAGCAUUGUGAAUAUCUUGUAUCGUCUGGUGCGCCUCAUGUAAUGUUCGAUGCAAGUCCAAUAUCAUGAUAACAUUAUGUCAAAUGCAUUUGUAAUUGAAUUUUUUGUGAAGGUGGAAAAAAUUCUAAUGUCAUUCCAAUCCAAGGGCUUUCCCGAAUCGUCUCCUCUGUUAUCAAUCACGAGUCUAUGACUAUUCUAAAAAUGUUUUCUGAAGAUUUUCAGUAUUCCACAAAAUUUCAUUCCUGGUUUUUCUAUGUGGAUAUUCCACUGACUGGCACAAAGCUAAAACAGUUUGUCAAAUUUGUUUGCAUGUUUGGAAUAUGUCAGCCAUUUUACUCAUUGGAUAGUUAUUUAUUCUUAUUACCAGAUAUUAUGGCCUAUUGUAGAUUGGAAUACUGACUGUAUUAAAGUCAAUGGAUUAACUUUUCUAGUUGUUUGCAUCCUAACUACAACUAUAUGAGCGAAAAUACAUGGAAAUCUUGAAUUUAAAAGGUUUCUUAUUGCAUUCUCAGAUCCAAGAUUUCAUCUUUUUAAAUGCAUAGUUGGGACUAAUAAUGGUGUUAGCUUUGAUAGUAUAUUUCUUUGUUAGUCAUUAAUAAUCAUUGUUGUUUUCGGUACAACUGACCGCAUUUUAAAAUUUAAUAUCAAGAGAAAUCACAUGCAGACAAUUCAAGACUACAAUUGACAAAAUCGUAUAGAACUUCUUGUAUUAUAUUAAGAAAAGUUAUAUAACAUUUUGUAAAGCUGUCAAUAGUGCAAUUUGUUAUUCUACUCAAUUACAAUGUAUUGGAUACUGCUGAAUGUACAUGGUUUCAGCUUCAAUGGAUAGUAUAGGAUUUUCAUACUUAUGAAAAGAAAACAUUAUACCAACAGCUUAAUCCCAUGGUCCAGGCCAUGUAGGGCAGGAGUUAUCGACCUGGGAUAAGCGAACCCCCAAGGGUUCACGAAAAGAAUUCCAGAGGUACUUGAAUGGCAGUUGAGUUUUCAUGUGUGGCUAUUUUUUAAUGUCCUUUACUAUCAGAGGGAAAAGCGUGCCAAUUGAAACUCAGCGAAGAUUUUCCCUAAUCUUGCAUUGUUGUUACUCAACAAUGGGAGCUUUGCAGCCAAACUGGGAAAUCUCAAAAGACAAUUUGCUGUUUGCUCGAAUUGAGAAACUUAUUCGCAAUAAACUGGGACAGCCUUCACACUAAUGCUCCAUAAUCUAUAUAAAUGAAAUGAAUACUUUUGUUGUUUAUUACCAUUUAAAACAGUGGUUCCCAACCUUUCUGUCGGACCGGUAAAAAAUUGAAAUGAGUGUGAUAGGAAAUAAUAACAUAUUUGCACUCGCUAUGCUUUUAGAUAAAAUGGCACACUUGAAACAA